AUGAAAGAUGUACCAAGUUUAAAUGAAUUUUUAAAAUCACAAAUUUCAAAAGAGGAUCAAGAUAAUAUAUCAAUGAGACACGUUACACCAGAAAUACCACCCUAUUUACAAUCUACAAUAAUGAAUGAGACAGGUGAGGGAAAAAAUGUAUAUAUAGAGACCUAUGGUUGUCAAAUGAAUUUUGCAGAUACAGAAGUAAUCAAUUCAAUUUUAAAGACUUCAGGAUAUAAGAUAAUCGAUACACUAAAGGAAGCAGAUAUUGUAUUUUUAAAUACUUGCGCAAUUAGAGAGAAUGCAGAAUCAAAGAUUUGGUUAAGAUUAUCAGAAUUAAGAUCAAAGAAAAGAAAAGAAAAAAGAAAUAUUACCAUAGCAGUUAUUGGUUGUAUGGCUGAAAGAUUAAAAGAGAAGCUAUUAGAGUCUGAGCAUAGAGUAGAUAUUGUAGUAGGCCCUGAUGCAUACAGAUCAUUACCAUCCCUAUUGGCCAAGAUUCAAGAUGGCGAGCAACAAACUGCAAUCAAUGUAAUGUUAUCAGCUGACGAAACCUAUGCUGAUAUUACACCAGUUAGAACCAGCGAUAAUAUGGUGUCUGCAUAUGUCUCAAUUAUGAGAGGUUGCAAUAACAUGUGUUCUUAUUGCAUCGUGCCAUUCACAAGAGGUAGAGAAAGAAGUAGACCAGUAGAAUCAAUCCUAAAUGAAGUUAGGCAAUUAUCAGAACAGGGUUAUAAAGAAAUCACUUUAUUAGGUCAAAAUGUAAACUCUUACAACUUUGUCGAUAACGAAGAGAGUACCCCAGUUAAUAAAGAUGAAAUUGAAAAGUUGAAACCAAGAGACGGUUUUAAAACAAUUUACAAGUCCCCUAAAAAAGGUAUUUCAUUUACAGAGUUGAUUAAAUUGGUAUCAGAGGUCGACCCAGAAAUGAGAAUUAGAUUUACAAGUCCACAUCCAAAAGAUUUCCCAAAUGAUUUAUUGGAAUUAGUUAAAAAUACACCAAAUAUUUGCAAUUCAUUACAUAUACCAGCACAAUCAGGUAGUAGCAAGGUAUUAGAAUCAAUGAGAAGAGGUUAUACAAGAGAAAGUUAUUUAGAAUUGAUUGAUACCAUCAAAAAAGAGUUACCAGAUUGCACUAUUUCAUCAGAUUUUAUAAGUGGAUUUUGUGGUGAAACUGAACAGGAUCAUUUAGAGACCAUAUCAUUAAUGGAAUAUGUAGGUUUCGAAAAUGCAUUCAUGUUUAUGUAUUCAUUACGUGAAAAAACCCAUGCACACAGACAUUUAAAAGACGAUGUCAGCGUUGAAGAUAAAGCAAGACGUUUAUCUCAAGUAGUAGACACAUUCUAUAAGUUAUUAAAAGAAAAGAGUAAUAAAGAAAUUGGCAAUUUCCAUUUGGUACUUAUUGACCGUCUUAGUAGAAGAUCAAAUAACGAUUUCGUUGGCAGAACAGAUACAAAUAAAAAAGUUUUAAUUCCAAAUUUAGAAGAAGAUAAAUUAAACAUAGGCGAUUAUGUUAUUGUACAAAUUGUAAAUGGGAAUUCUGAAGUAACCUUAACUGGUAAACCAAUUAUGAAAUCUUCAAUUGCCCACUUUAAUUCUUGGUCAAAAACAAAUAAAUUAAAUAUUUAA